GAAGCUGCCCCGCCAACCCUGGGCCCUGCCUCCACCUCUGCUGCUGCUGCUAAUGAUGAUGAUGAUGAUGGUCCUGGGACCCCGGCCUGCAGCAGGUGCUGGGAGCUGCUCUUUUCGCUGCGGGCAGCUCGAUGGCCCGUGCUCCUGCCACCCCACCUGCGAGGGCCUGAGCUCCUGCUGCAGUGACUUUCACCAAUUCUGCCUCAAGAUCAAGCCCUACUCAGGCUCCCUCAUGGGAGGCAAGGACUUCCGGGCACAGCAAUUGCAGUGGUCUAACAGUACCCCGGGGGUGAUCUGCAGGUUCAAGGAGAGUGUGCAGACCCUGGGCUAUGUGGACACUCAGAAGUUUGUGCACUGUGUGUCGCCACUGCUCUACGAGACCGGGCGCAUCCCUUUCACCAUCUCCAUGGACAAUGGCAUCUCCUUCCCGCACGCUGGCAUCUGGCUGGCUGUGCACCCCAGCAAAGUGUCAGCAACAGAGAAGUGUCAGCUGGUGAAUGAGACCCGAUGGCAGUACUACGGCACCCCUGGCACCACGGGGAACCUCUCGGUGACCUGGACAGCAUCAGCUCUGCCCACAGACAUGGUCAAUAUUGAGCUGUGGGGCUACCAGGAGACAGGGAAGCCAUAUUCGGAAGAGUGGAAAGCAGAAUGGUCAUACCUGUACCCCCUGGCCAGUAACAUCCGCAACUCUGGUUUCUUCACCUUCAUACCACAACCUGCAUCCCAAGAACACCAGAAGUGGCGCGUAGGUGCACUCCGGAUUGUCAGCAACAGGCACUACCUGGGGAAGACCGAUGUGCAGGCACUCUGGAGCAAUGAGCACGCGCUGGCCUGGCACCUGGGCGAGGACUUCCGAGCCGACCCUGUGGCCUGGGCCCGGGCUGAGUGCUUGGCCUGGGAGGCACUGGAGGACCAGCUGCCCAACUUUCUGGAGGAAGUGCCUGACUGCCCCUGCACGCUGGCUCAGGCCCGAGCAGACUCCAGCCACUUCCAUACUGACUAUGGCUGUGACAUGGAGCAAGGCAGCGUGUGCACCUACCACCCUGGGGCCGUGCACUGCGUACGCUCGGUUCAGGCCAGCCCCAGGUACGGCUCUGGCCAGCAAUGCUGCUACAAGGCUGACGGCACCCAGCUCCUGACCGCCGACUCCACCAGUGGCAGCACCCCAGAUCGCGGUCACGACUGGGGGGCACCCCCGUACCGUGCGCCACCCCGCGUGCCAGGCCUCUCGCACUGGCUCUACGAUGUCAUCAGCUUCUACUACUGCUGCCUCUGGGCGCCCGAGUGCCCACGUUACAUGCGAAGGCGCCGAUCCAGCGACUGCCGUGCCUAUCACCCCCCUCGCAUAGCCUCCGCUUUCGGGGACCCCCACUUCAUCACCUUCGACGGUGCCAACUUCACCUUCAACGGGCAUGGGGAGUAUGUGCUGGUGGAGGCACAGCUGACCAACCUUCGGAUUCAAGGACGGGCCCAGCCCAAGUUGACAUCCCAGAGCACUCAGGUUCGGGGCACUGGGCUGACAGCCGUGGUGGUGCAGGAGGGUGACUCCGACAUACUGGAGGUGCGGGUGGGAACCACUGGAUUCCUUGAGGUGCUGCUCAACCAUGAGGUGCUAAGCUUCAGCGAGCAGAGCUGGAUGGACCUGAAGGGCAUGUUCCUGUCAGUGGCCCAGGACAAGAAUGUCUCCGUCAUGCUGGCCUCAGGAGCAGGCCUAGAGGUAAGCCAUCAAGGCCCCUUCCUAAGUGUGGGCGUCCUGCUGCCCCUGAAGUUCUACAGUUCCACUCAAGGCCUCUUAGGGACGCUCAACAACGACCCCACCGAUGACUUUACUCUGCGCAGUGGAGAGGUCCUGAGCUCCAAGUCCAGUUCCCGAGAGUUGUUCCUGUUUGGGGCCAACUGGGCCGUAAAGAACUCGUCCUCACUGUUGACUUACGACAGCCCGUACUUGGUCAACACCUUUCUCCACGGGCCCAAGCACGACCCCAACUUCCGUCCCCUCUUCCAUGAGGAAAUCACCCUCAGUCCUGACCAGGUGACAAACAUGGCAAAACUCUGCGGGAAUGACCAUUUCUGCAUUUUUGACGUUAUGGCCACUGGGAGCAUGGAUGUGGCCAAUGCCACGCGGAUGGCCCACCAGAGGCACCAGCAGCUGGUACAGAGCCUGCAGCCAGUGGUCUCCUGCGGCUGGCUGCCUUCCCCUGCCAAUGGGUACAAGAAUGGCAGCAACUACCUGAAGGGAUCCGUCAUCCACUUCCACUGUGACAAUGGCUAUAACCUGGUGGGGGUGUCAGCCAGCUUGUGCCAGGAUGAUGGCACCUGGUCGAAGCCCGUCCCGACCUGUGAGCGAGUCCGCAGCUACACAGUUCUUCUGAGCAUCAUUUUUGGAGGCCUGGCAGUGGUGGGUGUGGUUGUGCUCAUCUACUUCCUGCUCAGACGCCCAAAGGGCCACAGGACCAGUUGGGGAUCACAGCCCUGAGGGAAGAGAGCACUGCCCUCAGCAAGAAGGGCUGUGGGGACACCUGGGACCAGAGAGUGACCUCCCAGGAGAAAGCCCAGACCCUGUGAGAAUAUGCACCCCACUACUUCAACCCCCAAUUCCUGCCAAUGUACACCUGAACCCUGAGCCUCUGACACCUGUGACACCUCAGAGCCCGACCCCAGGCUGUAGCCCACAGUGCCCUAUGCUCUGUCCCCCCAAAUCCUGCUGCUGUGUCCCCAGAUUUGAUAUUCUAGGGUGUACCUGAUUUCUGAUCCCUGAGGCUCCUUCCCUAGAUAUGCAGAUGUAACUAUAUUGAGACCUGGUCCCCC